GUGUGUUUUUUUAUGUAAUUUAUAACACGAAUCAAGGUCGUUCGUGACCAGCGGCCAUGAUAGAUUUUUUGUCCCCUCCUCCCUCCCCGAUGAUGAUUAUCUAAAAAAGUCCUGUGUGUUGAAUAGUUAAUGUCGUAGUGGUGCUGCUGCCAAGAGAUGACUAGGAGAAAGUUGAGAGAGGGAAUUCUUUCACCAGUUUUUCAACCACUAACCUGGUGACCUACCUGCACCCGAGACCCACUCUUGAACCGGCUCUUGUCUAUUUUCUUUCCUUCCCAAAAAGUAUCUUAUUAUUUUUAUCUGUCGAGAGACUUGCGCCACAUUGGCCGAUAAGAAAAACUGUGAACGGCCAGUCGAUGGAUAUUUUUCGUGUCCUGUCUUGUCCACGUGAUUGAGGGAAAACUUCCGGGCACGAGGUGCACGUGUGUGUGUGUGCAAAGGGAAGCCAUUGCGACACUUUCGCGUGCCGAUCAUCUUUUCUUCUUCUUCUUGUUUCGUUUGGGAACGUUGAUUCAAUUAAGUCAACUUUCUACUAGCUGUAGGGAGAGAAAAAGAGAAAAUGUUGGACAAAGGGAAAAUGAGGAAGGGAGGCCUACUGACCUACUUGUUGCUCUCUCGUCCACUCCGCCCUCUUUCUCUUGGAGAUGGCAGAGGGGGGGGGGAAGGAGUCGCGCAAUUUUCACCUCGAUACUUUCUAACUGGGAAAAAUAGAAUUGGACGGACGUUAGAGCUCUUUCCAUUCUUCAGUCGCCUUCCAGCUUCCGUGCUGGACGUGUCGUGCAUCUUUUUUCUCUCAUUGGAUAACUCCAAAUCUCUACCAACAACCAACACGAAAUGCCUUCAACUUUGUCCCGUAGUUAUUCGGUGCCAGUGAGCUUUGUUCCGACACAGCCGACACGUUCGAAGGAUGUUGCGGCGUCGACCAUGAAUCAUCAGAUUGACCCGAAAGCGGUGGGUGCUCACAGGCCGUUGAGUCGUCGCCGUUCUAAUCCUCCGGGCAGCCCAGAUUCGGACGAGGGCAGCCUCUUUGGAGCUGAUUCGCUAUCGUCGUUAUCAUCUCUGCUGACGAAUCAAUUGCAGCAACACAAUAAUCAUUCAACUUUGAUGAUGCAAUUGCAUCGAAGCGGUCACCGCAAACUGGACAGGAGCCACAGCGAGCCGGUGGUCGAUCGAUCUGCCCAAUUGGCCCAGCAGCAACAGCAAAUCAAUCAGCAGCAGCAAUCCAAUUCCAGCCGCUACAAGACGGAGCUGUGCCGACCUUACGAAGAGAAUGGAACCUGCAAAUAUGGCGACAAAUGCCAAUUUGCUCACGGAUUUCACGAGCUUCGCAGUCUCAUCCGUCACCCCAAAUACAAGACGGAAUUGUGCCGCACUUUCCACACCAUCGGCUUUUGCCCCUACGGCCCACGUUGCCAUUUCGUCCACAAUGCCGAAGAGGCUCGCAACAAUUCGCCACCACCACCGGCCACCAAGAACAACAAUAGCAACAACAAUCAACACGCUCAUCGUGGUAAAUUCACUCUUCCGGCCGGAGUGGUUGGAAUGGGUGGCAAUGGAUCGACGGCUGAUUCUCCGUCUCCUCCGUCGUCAUUGAGCGAGUCUCCGACCUCAAUGAGCACUUUCUUCUCGGAUGACAUGUAUCCGGGCAACCCGUUUUCACCAAUGGGACCCUCAUCAUCUUCAUCUUCGUCUGGAUUGGGCAACGCGUCCGCCUUCCUGUUUGGAUCGACCGAUUUCGGUUUGCCGCUCUUUUCCUCUGGAAAGGCCAACAGUUACUCGUCGGCCUUCAACAAUAACAACAACAGCAGCACCAACAACAACAAUUUGAAGCGUUCGGUGACUUCGACUGGCAAGAAUUUUAUUCCGGAAUUGGACUCGCCUUCACCGGUGGGCUCUUUGGCUUCCGACUUGGAUUCGCUGAGUCUGGGCAGCACGAGCUGCAGCAGCAGCAGCAAUGGCGGCACUAGCCCUCCACCAUCCAUCUCCAGCCCGAUGGAUACUUCACGCGCUCUCCGGCUCCCCAUUUUCAGCCGCAUCUCCGAGACUUUGAACGAAGAUUAAGAAAAUCUAAAUUGCAAAAAGGGGGGAUUAUUUCUACAACAACAACAACAACAUACCACAUGCUAUUUACUAAUCAACUUUGAGGUAUUUACACUAAAAAAAAAAGAAAAAGAAAAAAAAAAAAACAAUCCGGAAGUGUGUGGGUGUGCGCGUAAGAGAGAAGGGUGUUUGUGGCUUUAUAUAUUUCGAUGCCACUGUGAUAGAAAAUGAUUCAAAUAUUUUUUUGUUUCUUUUUUUGAGAAAAAAAAAUCAGACCAAAACAUGCAAAAGAUUUUUGACUUCCC